UAAUUUUUUCUUCCUCUGUGUCAUUAUUAUUAUUUCCAAAUUCCAAUUCCAAUUAAAAAUCCUUAAAAACGUAAUAAAUAACAUAAAACCAGCAUAAAAUCUUGUAUUAUUCGGUAAAAUGUCCUUCAACGUGAGCUGGGAUGUGAAUAAAUACCGAGAGGACCAUGAAAGUGAAGAACAUUGGUUGUUACGGAAGGCGUUCAUGGAACGAUGGAAAAAAGAUUAUUCUGAAGAGAGAUUGGUCUGUUUGGCGCGAGUGUUCUUCAAUAUCGAGUUUAUGGGGUGCAGAUACCCCACUGAGAUCAUGCAGGAGGUUGCCAGACUUUCGCACGACGUUGCCCAUCAAUACAGGAAUUUGAAGAAGACUAAACUCCAACGUACAUUCGUAUCAGCAUCCGAUGCAGCAGAAGACAGGGCGAAGGGGAUCAAACGAUCAGGGGGAGUCAUCAUUGAGGGUCCCUCAUCUAAAUCAAAGAGGAUCAACUUUGUCCCACAAGGGCAUAACGAUACCACUGAGACUAUAAACAUAUCAGACGACGAGGCAAAUGAUAAUCACGAUACACCAAAUGUGAUUCCUAUACAAAAUGAUAAACCAAACAACCAUAACGAAACUCCAAAUAUCAAUAACGAAGAAAACAACGAGAAAGGGACAACUCGUAUAGAUCCGAACGAAUAUUUCCAAGAGAUGCUAAAUAUGAAAUGUUUGGACAUAAGGUGUUUUUCUGAAAGGAUGUUCAAUUCUGCUUUCGGGAGGCUGGUACUUUUGAUCCGACCGUGGAGCUCUAAAUUGGGGAAUAUACAAAGUAGCUGCCAAACAUGUCAUAUACCAAUAACAAGUACAUACGAAAAAGGUUGUUUCUCGCUGCUAGUGAAUGGACAGCUACUGGCGCGAGCCACUGGCGCGAGCAGAGCCGAGGCGCGCAGUGUAGUCGAGGUCAUGGCGUGGAAUAGGUUAAGAGAAGAACUAGUGAGUGUGGUCAUCAAAGAACAGUUUAUAGCACAAGGCGACAGAAUAUCAGUCAAUGAUGUGUCAGGUAAAAAAGGACCCGAGUUUGGCACCCCUGUGGAUAACAGUGUUGCCACUAAGAUGAUGAAACUCAUGGGCUGGAAGGGAGGCGGGCUGGGUGUUGACGCGCAGGGAAUCGCUGAACCCAUCAAGCCACAUUUACAAAUGGUAAACCGCGCGGGCCUCGGUAGCAACUCUACAGAUAUCAAUCAGCUAAGGCGUGCAGGUCAUGAGCUGAUGCGGCGAUACAUACAAACUGACACCUUCGACCUGGACCUGGUGUUCAGUGCCGACUUCAGCAAGGAGGAGCGGGCUUUGUUGCACCAGUGUGCGCAGAGAGCUGGUCUGGCUUCCAGGAGUUACGGUGCUGAUGCUGACAGAUUCCUGGUGGUGAAGAAAAAAUUGGAUCCAUUCUCUCUGGUCCGUGCCGUCAUAGAGAAGGGCGGAAAUACACCGAAGUACCAAGUUAUUCUACCUGUCUCUUUGCGAGGAAAAUAAUUAAGUUAAAGCCUGACUAGAAAAAUAAAAUACAUCGCCAUAUGGAAGAAACCAGUGGAACUAAUUUGUAUAAGACCAUAUAACCAUAGUAAACAUAGACCAUGUACUAGUGGCGCCCUAAGAGCAAGUUUUAUAUUUCUGGUCAGGCUUUUAAAGAAUUAAAAGUAAAAUAUACACAAAAAUAAAAGACUAUUUUAUUGUAUAC